ACACACACACACACAGAGAGAGACGUGACAUGUGUAAAAAUGUAUACAAUAAUUUUAGGAUGCAUGUCAAAUGUAGCUGAGUGCUUAAUAAAAAUGUUGAUAUACAACAUGUAGGUGUCACCAUGAUUCCUAGCACAUAGGUGGGUGCAAAUACGAAACUAAGACACGUGCCGGUCAGUUGCUGAAGAAAUUCCGGUGAAAACAUGCAUGGUCCAGCAAAAAGGUCUGUAGCUGAGAGGGAAGGUGGAUGGCCUCAUAUGAAAGAACCAAAGAAACUGUCCCUUGCCACCAAAACCAGCUCUCGAUCGUUCCCAGCGUUCGUUCACAGUUCCACUGGUGUAGCAGAACGUUUCGGAGGUCUGAAGCUCUUGAGUUUAGUAUUGGGGGGAUAAUUAUGAAGAUAAUUAUAUGGAUUGUGUACUGUCAAUUUUCAGCAACAUGUUUUACGCAAAAGCCGUGAAGACUGACCCCGUGGAUAAAUACACACUAUUUUUUAUACAUUGAUCGCUCUACAGUAGGAAAUAUUCGUUUAACGGCGAGGGAUAAUGUAAAAUUUGAUAGGGAAUGUGAACUCAUAUACCCUCCCAAAAAUCCACAUAACUAGUAAUAUACUAUAGCUUUCUAAAUAAAUUGUUAUUAACAUUUGAUGCAUGCAUAAACAAUACGACGUUCCACGUCCAACCCCUCUCCUUCUCCUGCAGAAAAGAAUGUCCCCCGCGCCUAUAAAAUAAAUAGCUCAUGAACCAACAUGAAACUCAAAACAUUUCAUUUGUCAUUUUGUUCUAGAACUUAAACUUUAAGAUUUUUAUCGAUAAAAACUCGCAUACAUAUUGUGCAUAAGGUGGAAUGAACACCCAUAGUCAAUUGAUAGAGCGGCAGUUCUGGUCUCUCUCAAUAUUUUCCCAGAGAGCGACAGAGCCUGUAUAGUUAUUACACGAUUAAUGUAAGUUACAGGCAGGCCGAGCGCUCUGAAUACAGCAGGCAUCUGUAGCUGUGCCGGAAUUAAAGGUUUUAUGUACAAACAGUAUAUCCGGAAUCUUACCGUGCAGAACGAGAAAGCUGAAAUGGCUAGCUCAGGGAAACUAAAAGUCCUACUGAUUCUGGGUAGCAUCAGAGACGGUCGACAGGGGCUAAGGGUUGCCAAAUUCAUGAGGAGAAAGUUGGUAGAGAGGAAUUUUGAUGUUAAGUUCUUUGAUCCGGUUGAAAUGAACUUUCCUAUGGUGACCAAGCCGGUCCAUUUUUUUGGUCCCGAGAGAACAAACGCUCCUAAAAUACUGGUAGAAAAUGAGAAAUUUGUCAAAGAGGCGGACGCUUACGUUCUUGUGUCUGCCGAGUAUAAUCACAACGUCCCUCCGGCACUGACCAAUCUACUGGACGCUUUUCCGGGCAGCGCUUACGCCUACAAACCAAGCGGCCUCGUCUGCUACUCAAUGGGUCCCUUUGGUGGAAUGCGAGCUGCUAUGGCCCUGAGAGCGAUCACGGGAGAACUUGGCUGCCUAAGUGUAUCAAAUAUUUUUGGAAUUCCCACAGUGCAACAUGCAUUUGAUGAAGAGGGCAAUCCGAAAAAUGAUCACAUGGAAUCUGGGGCCAAAAAAAUGUUGGAUCAAUUAGAAUGGAUGGCCCAUGCAAUGAAAAAUCAUCGAGACAAAGUCGGUCUUCCCAGUUAACAAGACAUAUUAUAUUUCAGCAUUACCUCAAAUAUCAUAUAUGAGUUAACCAUGACACCCCGAGUUAGUGAUUAGGUCCAAGUUUAAUAUUUUGUAAAUGUGUUUUAGAUUUUUACAAAAUAAAUUUAAUUUAUUCAU